AUGGAUUAUCAACAUGUGGCGUGAACGCGAGGGCUAUGGAAUGCGACAACAAUGCCCUUGACGCUAGAACCGGUCGAGAGUAGCAGGCAGUAAUUGCUGAAGGGAGGCCGUCGGCUUACCAAUGAACUCAGAAAUCAGAGUGUGCAUUGCCAGCGCACAGAGGGGGGAGGUGGCGGUGUCGUUUGGCAUCUGAAGGUCUGUCUGGUAGUAGAAGCGGUUGUCUCUCCGGUACUAGAAGCGGUUGCACGCAUGCGAGAAGGCCACGGUGAAGCGUUUGGCGAGCAUCGAGGGAGACGGCGAGCCCCCACUGCUACAGUUGAGUCGCGAGAGAGAGAGAGAGAGGAGAAAACAUGUGACAGCGUUCUCAUGUGGGUUUGUGUGCCAGCGAUGGCGUGAGGAGCCGAAGGAGGCUUCGACGAGCGUGGUUGCGGUGCUGAGUGGUUGCCGACGAGCAUGACUGCGGCGCGUAGAGAUAGAGAAGGGGAAGGAGGCGACUGCUAACGUCGACGUCGAUGUCGGCUGGAGGCAGCACGUGUGGAGAGGAGCCGGCAACGAGAUGCAACGCCGAGAGGGAGAAGCAAUGCUAAUAGCACAAGUCCAAAGUCAUUGGUGUUGAGAAGGAAGCAGGCGGCCGUCGACGUCGUAGAUGGUCGACCUUGGAGGUGGUCGGCAUCACAGCGAAGGCAAAUGUUAAAAUGAUGUUGGCAUUGGCCGAUUUUUGCUGGAGAAAAGUUGGCGGGAGGCUCGAUCCGUGCUCGCGCUUCUCCCUAGCACGACGAUCCCGCUUUACCUCCUCAGUUACCAGGCUCAUCGACUGCUGCUCCUCGCCUUCUACUGACAGCGUCUUCGAGAUGGAGCAAGUUCUCAAGGAACACUUUGGCUACGCUCAGUUUCGGUCUCACCAGAAGGAGAUUGUAGAGAAAAUCUUAGAUGGAAGAGAUUGCUUGGUGGUCAUGACUACAGGAAGUGGGAAGUCUUUAUGUUACCAAAUCCCUCCACUAGUAACAAGAAAGACUGCUAUUGUGAUAAGCCCUCUCUUAUCCUUGAUGCAAGAUCAGGUCAUGAGUUUAAAGCAACGAGGAAUCAAAGGUGAAUAUCUUGGAAGUACUCAAACUAAUAAAUCAGUGCAGUCUCAUGCUGAAAGUGGUAACUAUGAUGUUUUGUACAUGACUCCAGAAAAGGCUUGCGGGCUUCCUUCAAGUUUCUGGUCAAGGUUGCUGAAAGUUGGAAUUUGUUUACUGGCUGUUGAUGAGGCACAUUGCAUAUCAGAGUGGGGUCAUGAUUUCAGGAAGGAGUACAAGCAGUUAAAUGUACUACGUGGUGUUCUAUCUGAUGUUCCUUUUGUGGCUUUAACUGCAACAGCUACUGGAAAGGUUCGCAAUGACAUUAUCUACUCCUUGAAGAUGACUGAUCCAUUCAUUGCCGUCGGAUCAUUGAAUCGGGAAAACCUCUUUUAUGGAGUUAGAUCAAUUACGAGGUCUCUGUUCUUCGAUGAGCUUGUUCAAGAGGUCUCCAAAUACAUUGUUAAUACUGGAUCAACUAUCAUAUACUGCAUGACAAUCAAUGAUACUGAACAGGUUUACAAAGCAUUGCAGAAUUCUGGAAUCAAGGCUUGUAUCUAUCACGGUCAAAUGGGAAGUAAUGACCGGGAGAUGUCCCAUAGAUCAUUCAUCAGAGAUGAGGUUCAAGUAAUGGUUGCUACUGUUGCUUUUGGCAUGGGUAUUGACAAACCUAAUAUUAGGUGUGUGAUUCAUUAUGGAUGCCCUAAGAAUUUGGAAUCAUACUAUCAAGAAAGUGGAAGAUGCGGUAGAGAUGGCCUGGCCUCAGUCUGCUUGUUAUACUACUCGAGAAGUGAUUUCUACAAAGUUGAUUUCUACUGCGGUGAAGCACAAUCUACAAAUCAGGAAAGAAGAAAUGCAAUUAAAAUGUCUCUAGUAGCAGCAGAAAAAUAUUGCUUGUUGGCUACUUGCCGCAGGAAGUAUUUGUUGCAGUAUUUUGGAGAAGAGAUAACAGAUGACUGCGGAAACUGUGAUAAUUGUACGAAAACCAAAAAAGAAAGAAACUUGUCAAGAGAAAGCUUCUUGUUGUUGUCUUCCAUAAGAUCUUGUGGUGGUCGAUGGGGUAUCAAUAUGCAUGUUGAUAUUCUUCGAGGAUCUCGGAGUAAGAAAAUAGUUGAAAACAAUUUUGACAAGCUUCCCUUUCAUGGGCUUGGGAAAGAUUAUUCAUCAACUUGGUGGAAGGCUCUUGCUGCUCAACUUAUGACCCAUGGUUUUAUCAAGGAGAAUAUUGUUGAUGUUUACAGAACUAUUAGUGUUUCUCUUAUUGGUUUGCAAUUCCUCUCAUUGAAUACUGUGGAUCAGACACUAAUUUUACCCUUAACAACUGAGAUGAUUGAUGAGGAAGAGCAUGGAUCUCAGCAAAAAAAGUUGGGAGACUUUCCAAAUGCAUCUAUUUUAGCAUGUGAAGAGUUCUUGGAGGUUGAAGCAAAGUUGUUCUCCAUGCUUUUAGAUGUCAGAUUCAGACUUGCAAAAGGAGAUGGAAUUGCUCCGUAUGCUAUAUGUGGUGAUGAGACAAUUAAAAGAUUGACAAAAUUAAGGCCUCAAACCAGAGCAAGGUUGGCAAACAUUGACGGUGUCAACCAGCAUUUUCUAACCAGGUAUGGUGAUGAGUUUAUUAGUCAAAUCAUUAAGUUGUCACAAGAACUGGGCCUCCAAACCCAUUGUGAAGGAACUCCUCAAAUUCAAGCCACUAUGGCCAGAAGGAUCAACACAAAUAUGGAGAAAAAGUUGACUCCAGCCGUAGCUGAUGCAUGGAAAAUGUGGCAGCAGAAUGGAAUGCCAUUUUCUGAAGUUGCUGAAUUGGCAAGGAAAUCAGGUCCUGUAAAACAGACGACAGUUAUUUCAUAUAUCCUUGUUGCGGCUAAGAAUGGAUGUGAACUUAAUUGGCCUCGGUUCUGUAAGGAAACAGGACUAACACUUGAGAUUGUCUCUCAAAUUCGCCGUGCUAUCAAAAAAAUUGGUGCCAGAGAUAGGUUAAAGCCCAUCAAAGAGGAACUACCUGAAAGUGUAACCUAUGAUAACAUCAAAGCCUUUUUAACAAUGGAAGAGCUUGGCUUGUCAGCGGAAGAAAUGUCAGGCUAUGACACCAGAACUGAUGUUCCUAACAAGAAAAUGGAAUCAUCAUUAAACAUCAACCUAGCAAUCACCAUUAGAGAGAGUGCAGAACCUUAUUGUUCUAUGAGUGCCGCUGCAAUGGCCUCUGCUCCUGUCUCACCAUGUCAUGGUACAACUAAUACAAAGCAAUCCAGGGCUGAGGACUCUCUUCACCUAGAAUACUACUCUCCAAAGAAGUUGCAAAAAGUUUGUGAGAACAGGGAAAACUUUGGCAGUGAUUUAGUGGCAACAAAAACUGCUGUCCUGCAGUGGAUCAUGGAGCACGACAAGGUUGGAUUAGAGGAUAUUGUGAAACAAUUCAAAGGAUCCAAGGAGGAAAGUGUACUUGAUCUAUUGGCCUGCCUUGAAUGUGAAUUUCUGAUAUUCAAGAAAAAUGGUCUGUUCCAAGCUAUGUGAAUAUUACAAUUAUGAAAUCUACUCUUUUUGUUCUGAGGAUGUAUAAAGGUAUAAAGGGAUGGUGCUUUCUACAUGCAACCAGUUAGAUAUGAAGACUGAAGGCCUGCAAAAUUGAUUGCUACUGGGCAUUGGAUUGUUAAAAGAUAGUUGGAUGUAGAAUCUACUGUAGAAACGGAUUGUCAAAAAUUUUGUUAAUCCUCUUUUUUUUUUUUUUUUAAUCCAAAGAAUGUUGUAGUUUUACAAUCAAGAGUAGGAUUUGUUUAAGAGUUCAUAAGUUCUCGCAUGAUAUCUGCUAAGUUCAUAUAAUAACUUAAAAGAGGAUAAA